GCUUAGCAAAGGCAAAUAUUUCAGCACUUCAUAAGUAUGGAUGAGUUGGACUGCGGUUGACUAUUCGUACUGUAUGGCGGGUUGUUGACGUGUCCGGCUAGGUCCGGGGCGUGACAUGCUGAUGCCCAAAUGAUCCAAGGUCUUCGUGGGGAGAAUUCGGCCUUAGCUAACCAAGUCUCGGAUCUGAAAACCCAUGUCAAAUCAUUGGAAGCAUAUGGGAGAAAAAAGAAGCAAGAAGUCACUGAUGCGGCUUGUUUUUAUGCUUGCAAAACAAGGGGCGAGUUAAUGGCAUCCUAUAGUGCGGGUGAUAUGUUGGGUUGGUCAGCGGAGCAAGAUGUGGCCACUUGGUUAAAGCUGCAGGAAGAGAUGGAUCCCCCGGUAGGUGAAGAUGGUUUUGACGUGGGUCACUCCGAUGAUGAAGCUAAAUCAAAAUGUUCCAAAGGAUCUUGAACUCAUUUCCCGCUUUUGAACCUCCUGAUAACAUUUCUUCUUCAUCGCACUUUUCUUGACUUUAGCCAUUCCAUGCUUUCUGAAAUUACUCUGAUUUGACUUAUACUAUGGUUUCCUGGUGGUUUAUCCGAGAC